AUGCCCCCUCUCAUCGCUUCCCCCGCCAUGCUCGGCCCGGUCCUCGGCCUCAACAUGUGGACCUUCGUCAUGGAAGGCUGGCUCUACGCGAAGCGCCUGCCGGCCCUCCAAAAGUACGGCGUCACGCCCGUCGACGGUAUCACGAAGGAAGAGAUAUACGCAAAGACGCCGCGCGAGGUGCACUAUCCGGCAGAGAACUACUCGCACCUGUUCGAACAGCCGGUGCAGUUCUACGCGAUCGCCAUCACCAUGUCGUUGCUGAGGGUGGAGAGCCGGACGGAUCUGGGGCUGGCGUGGGGAUAUGUUGGGCUGAGGGUCAUUCACAGCUUGAUUCAGAGCACGAAGAAUAAGAUCAUGCCGCGGUUCCUCACGUUCCUGGCGAGCUCGUUUGUGUUGUUGGCGAUGGCGGUGAGGACUGGGAAGAAGCUCUUGUGA